AUGGCUGCAACGACGAAAACAUACCUAGGAGCGUUUAGCUCCCUUUGCAUCCAAGCCAUUGGCUUUCUGUUCAUGGGCUAUUACUUUAUCUUGACUGUAAUAAGUGGCAAAUUCUUCAAAAAGCCCACCGCACAGUACGAGUCUGAAUUAGCCUUGGCUCGAGAUCGUUUCUGGAAUCUAUCAAAAAACCCAUUCGAUCUGCACCAUCGCUUUCUGACUCUGCGUGAUGGCUUCAAGUUUCAUUACGUCACAAACGCCACCCCAGAUCCUCAGUCACCUACCUCAAAACCGCUGGUGAUCUUUGUGCAUGGCUUCCCCGAUAGCUGGGUCGUAUGGCGCUAUGUCAUGGCCUCGAGCUGGCUUCGCGAAUCAAGCAAUUUGGUGGCUGUAGAUCUGCCGGGCUACGGAGGCUCGGGCUUGCUCAAGCGGUAUUCUGCGACUGAAGUGCUCGAGAAAAUGACGGAAUUCAUACUUUCCUUGAGAGAGGUUUACGGUAUUGAUAAACCUGCGAGAGCUGGAGCUCAGCAGCGAGUUAUCAUUGUUGCUCAUGAUUGGGGAUGUGUUAUUUCUAUGCGUCUGGCAGCGGAUGCGCCGCAACUGGCGGAUCGAUUCAUUCUCACCAAUGGACCUCUGAUCUCUUUGGUUCAAUCGAAUGUUAAACGACUUAUCUCUUCCUCUGUCAAGAUGCUGAAGCUAUUUUAUCGCGCUCCUAUACAAUCACGACCAAUGCUGAAAAAAGCUCUGCACACAAUUGGCCCCAUCAUUCGACAGGCUGUAGCAUCCGGCUAUAUUUUCGCACUACAGCUGGCGCUUCCCAUAGUGCGUAUCCAGGGAAGUGGCGGCAACACCGCACUUUUACGCGCAAUCCACAGAAUAGCCCACGGCGUAAACAGCACACCUUCCGCAAAAGAGAUCGCCGAGGGGGUUGCAGGCUGUCUGGGACCUUCACUGAAACAAGAGACCACAGAAACUCUCGACUCUGAAAGAUAUUCCAAGGACGUUGCCAAACAAUCCGACGCAGAGAAAUUUGUCAGCAUGACCAAUUACUACAGACAGGGAGCAGCUACUGGACGCUGGGAAAAGUCCAUUGAAACCAUCACAGGACUUUACAGUAUCAGCGACGGAGGCGAAAUAAGGCGCAAGAGCAGUCAUGGCGGAGUCUUCGACGAAGGGCCCGAGGGUUCACUGAAAGCCAAAGCCACGAUUAUCUGGGGAAUGGAAGACGUUGCUCUGAAUACGCAUCUCAAUCUUGACGGAAUCGCGGACUAUCUUAGCAGGGAUAGUCAGGUUGUUACCCUACCUCGCGCAGGCCACCAUACGCCUAUUGAGAAGGAGAGUAUGGUUGCUUUGCAGAAGGUUGUUGAGUGGGCUGUGGCUGGGGAAGAGGGUGAUGUUGGUCUUGCUGCACAAGCUGUUUAUCCGGGGGCAGCAGUGACGAUUAAAAUUUGA